AUAUAUAUAUAUAUAUACCCACACAUACAUACAUAUUUCUGGAAAGUUGUUUUCUUGCUCAUCGUCGUUGACCCACUUGUUCUCUUUCUCGCUGGCUCUUUCUCUCUUGCUCGCUCGCCAUCCCUCUCGUUUGCUCUCUAUCCCUCUCUCGCUGCAAAUCUUUUUUUAGGAGAAGAUGAAGACGAGAGCACAGUGUGUUGGCUGCUUCGAUUGCUUUGAAAAUUAGAGUUCCUCCCUCCCAAGGAAAAUGGUUUUCGUGAUUUGAAGGAAAAAGUAAUCACGUGACAAGAAAUUGGAAAAUGAGUUGCCUUAAAUUUUGGCUGUCAAACACUAUACAAGUGGAAAAUUAGAUUGAAAAAAUGUCUUUCUAGGGAAAAGAAUGGCUAUCAAACGGGGCCUAUAUGUGAUUGAUGCAAUCUUAUAUUUUGAACGAGUUCUUAACAAUUAGCUUGAUAUGAGCGCGUUUACCUUGACUUUUCACAGCACGCCCAAUUAGGAAAUUAAUUCUCAUCUAUUAACCAUCCACCUGUCACGCAAAUGCCAUAAAGUCUAACGCCACCCAGAAGCAGAAACUCCUCUUACAUUCUACAUUCUUACCAAAACCACUCAACUUCGCCGGCCAAAUGGCCACCCAAAUUAAUAAAACCACCACCUUCUUCAUUAUCUUCUUCUCCAUCUCCAUCUCCUUCUCCUUCCCGAUCUCGGCCACUAGCACAGCACUUUGUUCGGCCACCUCCUGCCACCCGAGAGAGGUCUCAAUCCGGUUCCCUUUCCGAGUGGCAAAUAGCCAACCCAAGCCUUGUGGAUACCCAGGUUUCGACCUAUCCUGCGAUGGCACAAACCAGACGGUUCUUGAGCUUCCAGGCUCGGGAAAAUUCACUGUCCAAUCCAUAGACUAUGGCACGCAGGAAAUAUGGAUCAAUGAUCCAGAUAACUGCCUCCCCGGCCGCCUUCUUUCCCUAGAUCUUUCUCGCUCUCCCUUUGAAGGCGUUCUUGACCAGAGUUUUAAAUUGUUUAACUGCUCCUUGGGCCACACCAAGUAUCAGCUAAACCCCAUAGCUUGCCUUAGUGGCUCUAACUACACAGUUUUUGCUACAUCUUCUGUGAGAGGCAUUCGAGUGUUGUCGUCGAGCUGUGAAUGGAUUGCAACCAUUUCAGUCCCAGUUCAGUUGCCAUUCUACGAAGAGGUUUUGUCUUCGGAUCUCAGCAACGAUCUUCGGCUAACUUGGAAUAAACCCAGCUGCGGGAGGUGCGAGUCGAAGGGGGAGCAGUGUGGGUUCAAGAGCAAUGCUAGUCUUGAAAUCAUCUGCAGAAACUCUCCUCAGCAUGGAAUUCCUAGGAUUGCUCGCCACGCCAUUACAAUGGGAGCCGUGAUACUCGCACUCGGACUCGUCUGUUUCAUCUUUGGGAAGGUCAAGUUCUUUGGCAGGAGAACGCGUGACGGAAUACCAGAAUUCGCAACCACCUCUGUGGUUGUUCUGCCGCCCGCCGCCACACCGCGCCUUGACGCCUCCACAAUAGAGUCAUUCCCCAAGGUGGUCCUUGGCGAGAGCCGGCGGCUGCCCAAUCCCGGCUGCAACACCUGCCCAAUAUGCUUGUCGGAUUACAAGCCGGGGGACCCUCUGAGGAGCAUGCCGGGAUGCCGGCAUUACUUCCAUGCUGAUUGCAUCGGUGAGUGGCUCUCCUUGAAUGCCACUUGCCCAAUUUGUAGAAAGCCCCCUGAGCGGUCGCCAACAGUUGAGGACGCCUAAUUGGUGGCCAUCGAUGGUUUACAGUUUCGGCAGUGAUAAUCAGUCCAAACGAGGAGAAUUCUGAUUGAAUAUUACGGGUCGAUCCGAAUUUGGACUAUGAAUCAUUCUUUUCAGAGUAAUGUAAUCUUUGUUUCUUUCUCUAUCUUUGACAAUAUAAGUAGAAAUUAAUUACACUCGUAUCCUUGAGAUAAUUUUACUAAUUGUGAUACGUAGAAGGGAGGAUGGUACAAUUUUAAAAUUUGAGGGAUACUUGUAACUAUUCCAAACUUGAAUAGUUACAAGUAUAACAUCAUUGUUGGAUGAGUGAAUAAAUUAACAACAACAAUGAUGUUUGUAUGCAUUUUGUUAAAACUUUUUCUACACUCUUUACUCUCACAGGACCAACAAAAG